AUGGUAUGCAUUGCUUAUGCCUUUAAGACCUUGUGUUUAUGUCUCUUUUUCAUUGUCGUUGCAAGUCGUCCGACCGUUAAAACAAAAGUGUUUAACGUCCAACGCCACGGUUCGAAGCCGGACGGCAAAACUGAUAAUGCCAAUGCAUUCACAAGUGUAUGGAGCCGUGCAUGUGCAAGAAGAAGUGGAAGAAGUAAAAUCUAUGUACCGAAAGGAACUUUCUAUCUUGGUGGUGUAGAGUUUGUUGGUCCAUGCAAAAACCCUAUUGAAUUUGUCAUUGAUGGAACUUUAUUGGCUUCUGCAAACCCUAGCGACAUUAAGCAAGACACCUGGAUUAACUUUAGGUACAUCAAUGAUCUCUCCAUCUCUGGUUUUGGUACACUUGACGGCCAAGGAAAAAAGUCAUGGCCACUCAAUGACUGUAACAAAAACUCUAAUUGUCCUAAACUAGCUAUGACUAUGGGAUUUGCAUUCGUGAACAACUCAAAUAUCAAAGACAUAACAUCACUCAACAGCAAAAUGGGACAUUUCAACUUCUUCUCGGUCCAUCACUUCAACAUUACUGGUGUCACUAUAACAGCUCCAGGUGAUAGUCCCAACACUGACGGUAUAAAGAUGGGUUCAUGUAGUAACAUUCGCAUCUCAAACACAAACAUUGGUACUGGAGAUGAUUGUAUCGCUAUUCUCUCUGGAACCACUAACCUUGAUAUCUCUAAUGUCAAGUGUGGUCCUGGACAUGGGAUUAGUGUUGGAAGCUUAGGAAAGAACAAAGAUGAGAAAGACGUGAAGGACUUAACGGUAAGAGACAUUGUUUUCAAUGGUACAAGUGAUGGUAUUAGGAUCAAGACUUGGGAAUCUUCAGCAUCAAAGAUCCUUGUUUCCAACUUUGUGUACGAGAACAUUCAGAUGAUUGAUGUUGAAAAACCAAUCAACAUUGAUCAGAAGUAUUGUCCCCAUCCACCUUGUGAACAUGCACAAAAGGGUGAGUCUCACGUACAGAUCCAAGACCUUAAGUUAAAGAACAUAUAUGGAACGUCGAAGAACAAAGUAGCUGUGAAUUUGCAAUGUAGCAAAAGCUUCCCAUGCAAAAAUGUUAAGCUAAUUGACAUUAAUCUAAAGCAUAACGGACUUAAGGGUGGUCCUUCCAUUGCAAUGUGUGAAAAUGUUGAUGGUUCCGCAAGUGGUAAGAUGGUUCCUAAACAUUGUCUGAAUUGA